GUCAUCAGGUGGACAGCAAAGGUCACUUAAGAUGGUGGUGUUGGGUUCAAUUCAUGCUCCCUCCGCUCUCUCUCCACUCCAAAAGAUGACCGUUUCUUCUUCAGAUAAUAAGAGCCUAGUUCUUGGAAGACGAAGAACCAUAGCCGUUGGUUCCAGCGCUGUAGUACUGGCUUCCCUACUCAACUUGCACAAUCCCAUUUCAAACCCUCCUUUGCUUCACUCUGCUUUUGCCCAACAACAAGAUGAACUUCAGCAACAAGAGGAUAGAGUCGCUCACCUCUUCCAGGAAUCCUCACCAUCAGUUGUUUUUAUCAAGGACAUCGAGUUAGCUAAAGUUCCUAACAGGCCUGAAGAUCGGUUUAUGCUUACGGAGGAUGAAAAUGCCAAAGUCGAAGGAACAGGUUCGGGCUUCAUCUGGGAUAAGUUUGGUCACAUUGUAACAAAUUACCAUGUUGUAGCUAAAUUGGCAACAGAUAAAAGCGGAUUACAGUGUUGUAAGGUAUUUCUAGUUGAUGCUGGAGGCAAUAGCUUGUACAGGGAAGGCACGAUUAUUGGUUUUGAUCCAUCUUAUGAUCUGGCUGUCCUUAAGGUCGAUGUUGAAGGAUAUGAAUUGAAGCCAGCUACUCUUGGUACUUCUAGGGAAUUACAUGUGGGUCAAAGUUGUUUUGCCAUUGGGAAUCCUUAUGGAUAUGAAAACACUCUAACAACAGGGGUGGUCAGCGGCUUGGGUAGAGAAAUCCCUUCACCAAAUGGAAAGGCCAUUCGUGGAGCUAUUCAAACAGAUGCAGAUAUUAAUGCAGGGAAUUCAGGUGGACCAUUGAUUGAUUCAUAUGGACAUGUCAUUGGAGUCAACACAGCAACCUUCACCCGGAAAGGGACAGGGGCAUCCUCUGGGGUGAAUUUUGCAAUACCAAUCGACACGGUUGUGCAAUAUGUACCAAUUCUUAUUGUUUAUGGAACUCCUUAUAAAGAUAGGUUUUGAUCUUGUUUAUCUUUUGUACUUGAGAAAGACUUGGGAGUGUAAAUACUGCGACUUAAGCAAGGUCAUCGCUAUGCAGGCAAUUCCAAGCAUGUGGUCAGUGUAUUUUUUGGGUUUUUUUUUCAUAUGGUAUAUAAAACUAUCUUUUUCCUC